CGCACAUAAAUAAAAGUAAAACAAAUCUUUAAAAAUGCCUAGAAAUAGAUUAAACAAGGUGAAACAUGGCGAGAUCUGAAAAAGUGAUUGAAGAAUACACAAGGGAUGGAAACACCUCCCAUGCUCAUGGAUUGGUAGAAUAAUACUGCGAAAAUGGCUCCAUUAUCAAAAGGAAUGAAUAUACAAAUCCAUUUCAAUCUACAUCAAAAUUCCAAUGACAUUCCUUAUGCUAGAAAAAACAUUCAUGUGGACACACACACACACACACACACACACACACACACACACACACCCCGCUAAAUAGCCAAAGCUAUUCCAACUAGGUGUUGCAGGUUUCAUAAUACUUGUCGAAUUAUACAACAGGGCUAUAGUGACAAAGUCAAUGUGGCACCAGGUACAGACCCGUGGAGCAAUGGAAUAGAAUAGAGGACCCAGAAAUAAACUAUACAGCUAGACUACUUAAAUUUUGAGAGAACUGCCAAGAAUACACACGGUGGAGAGAAGAUUAGCCUCGUAGCAAAUGGUUUCAGAAAACUUGGCUAUCCUCAUGCAGAAUGGGAGUCUCCCUGCACAAAACCCAAAUUUAAAUGGAUGAAAGCCUUAAGGAAAAUUUAAAACUGGUGGGAAACAGGUCAAACUUUAAAAAUGUAGGUGUAGGCAAGGACUUUCUGAAGAGGCUGCCAGUGGCACAGGAGGCAACCCCAAGAGUUGGCAAAUGGCAUUCUCCAGGAUUGCGAAGCUCCUGCAGAGCAAAGGAAGCAACCAGAGUGAGGAGACCCUACAGCAAUGGGCCUGAGGAAGGGAGCAUGUGGAGGAGGAACCAGACCUCUCUGGAAGACUUCAUCCUUCAAGGGCUCUUUGAUGACUCCUUCAACCACUUCUGUCUUUUCCUCCUGCUCAUGCUGGUCUUCCUUACUGCAGUGAGUGGCAACAGCCUCACCAUCCUCCUCAUCUGCGCCGAUCCCCGUCUUCACACACCAAUGUACUUCCUGCUCAGCCAGCUGUCCCUCAUGGACCUGAUGCAUGUCUUCACAACCAUUCCCAAGAUGGCUAGCAACUACCUGUCCGGCAGGAGGUCCAUCUCAUUUGCGGGCUGUGCCACCCAGCACUUCCUGUACCUGUCUCUGGGUGGUGCCGAGUGUCUCCUCCUGGCCCUCAUGUCCUAUGACCGCUAUGUUGCCAUCUGCCACCCCCUGAGGUACACGGUGCUCAUGAGCACAAGAGUGGGAGUGAUGAUGGCUGUCAUGUCAUGGCUGAGUGCAUCUGUGAACUCCCUAGUCCACACAUCCAUCCUGAUGAGCUUCCCUUUUUGUGGUUCGAGAAUCAUCCACCACUUCUACUGUGAGUACCCUGCUGUUGUGAAGUUGGUGUGUGGGGACAUCACUGUGUAUGAGAACACAGCCUACAUCAGCAGCAUUAUACUUCUCCUCCUCCCCAUCAUCCUUGUCUCUACAUCGUAUGGAUUCAUUCUCCACAGUGUCAUUCAGAUGCGUUCAGCUGGGAGUAAGAGAAAUGCUUUUGCUACUUGUAGCUCUCAUGUCCUUGUGGUUUCCCUUUUGUUUGGUACCUGCAUAUUCUCCUAUAUGAGACCCAGGUCCCAGGGCACUCCAUUGCAAGACAAAGUAGGUUCUGUUUUCUAUAGCAUCAUUACUCCCACCCUGAAUCCUCUCAUUUAUACUCUCAGGAAUAAGGAUGUUGCUAAGGCUCUGAAGAGAGUGUUGAGUAGGGAUAUUGUUGCCUAAGGACAGCAAUUAUAGUUGCCCUGAUGAGUAAAUAUACUCCUUACAUUGAUCAGAGCAAACCACUAAGAGGUUUAAAAUCCAGAUUUCUGAUACUCUUUGAGGAGGACAUAAGUGAAGUCUUAACCUUGAAGCUCACUAUUAUAAUAUAUUUUUUCUAGCAGGACAUAUCACAAAUUAUGUUCCAGUAAGCUGUUUGAAGUGGGGGGCAAUACUAAAAUAUCCUUUUAGAGGAGAACAUACAGGGAGGUACCUCAGUUGGUAAAGUGCUUAUUGUGUAAGCAUGAGCUGAAUUCUAUUCCUAGAACUAAAAGCCCCAUAUGCUGGCAUAAACUCAUAACCCCAGUGUAGAAGUGGAGACCAGCUGAUGCCUGUUUCUUCCAGUCUAGACAACCAGAGUGAAUGGAGUUUCAGGUCAGGGAGGCUCAGAGAGGUUGGAUGACUCCAGAAGACUAACAUCCAAGGUUGAGCUCUGCUCUUCCUACACACACACACACACACACACACACACACACACACACACACUCA